ACGGACCUAUCAGCGUUUCGCGAGUGUGACCCGUGAUUCCUUGCGCGUUGGAGUACAGAUCGUACAGACCAAGGUUUCCCGAUCGGUCGUCGUAGUUUGAGGAGGUGAAAAGUGUGGCGGUGCUCGCUUUACUGUUCUUUAUGAAAUCUUAUAUUUAACGAACGAACUCCUUUCACAGCCAAUAUAGAAUCUCUCGAAGGUAAAGACGUAGAAUUGUGCGGUAAUACGGUUUUCACCGCAUCACGCUACCAAAGCAGUAUCUUCGAGAAGAUACACCCCACCCCCGACCAUCGCUGCCGAUUAAUACCUAACCCUCAAUAGCCCAUUGUCAGGCAGUCUCAAGAUGUCAACUGCAACCACACAUAAAUACCGUUACAAAAAUGCGGGACUAGACUCACAAGAAUUAAGGAGACGCAGGGAGGAGGAAGGUGUGCAAUUAAGAAAACAGAAAAGAGAGCAACAAUUGUCAAAGAGGCGCAAUGUUCCUAACAUUGAUGCUGAUGAGGACACUAUUGCAACAGAUGAAUCAUUAGUUCCAACACCUCAAUCGCAAUCUCCGUCUAUUACACCUGAAAUGGUUCAGGCAUUAUAUAGUCCUGAUCCUGAAAAACAAUUGUCAGCUUCUCAAAAGUUUAGAAAAAUGUUAUCAAGGGAGCCGAAUCCACCCAUAGGAGAAGUUGUAGGAACAGGAAUUGUACCUAGAUUCGUGGAAUUGUUAAAAAAUAGUACAAACUGUACUCUACAAUUUGAAGCUGCUUGGGCUUUAACAAAUAUAGCGAGUGGAACGUCUCAACAAACGCACGUAGUUAUAGAGGCUGGGGCUGUGCCCGUCUUUAUAUCGUUACUUAGUUGCGAAUCGGAAGACGUUCAGGAGCAAUCCGUAUGGGCAUUGGGCAAUAUCGCAGGAGACAGUCCUGAGUGUAGAGACCAUGUAUUAGACAGUGGGAUUCUCGCUCCUCUUCUACAAAUACUUACUAAGCCAACGCGACUUACAAUGACGCGUAACGCGGUAUGGGCAUUAUCGAAUCUUUGUCGGGGCAAGAAUCCGGUGCCGGUUUUCGAGAAAGUCGCCCCAUGUCUACCGGUUCUAGCACAUGUUCUUAAUCAUUCAGACAGCGACGUUCUCGCUGAUGCUUGUUGGGCUCUCUCUUAUUUAAGUGACGGUCCGAAUGACAAGAUUCAAGCGGUUAUAGAUGCGGGUGUAUGCAGGCGUCUGGUCGAAUUACUUAUGCAUGAGCAGAAUAACGUAAUAAGCGCAGCUCUCCGCGCAGUGGGAAACAUAGUGACGGGAGACGACGUACAAACGCAAGUCGUUCUCAACUGUAAUGUGCUGACUUGUCUGCUACAUCUCUUAAACUCGUCUCGAGAUCCGGUUCGUAAGGAGGCUUGCUGGACAGUCUCUAACAUCACAGCAGGAAAUCCUCAACAAAUUCAGACUGUCAUCGACGUUCAGAUAUUCCCCGUUCUAAUUGACAUUUUGGGAAAAGCCGAAUUUAAAACACGAAAAGAGGCAGCAUGGGCAAUCACUAAUGCUACCAGUGGUGGUACACCUGAACAAAUCAGUUACCUCGUGAAAGAAGGAUGCAUUCCACCGUUGUGCGAUUUAUUGACAGUGAUGGAUCCUAAGAUCAUCCAGGUUGCAUUGAACGGUUUAGAAAACAUUCUCCGUCUCGGUGAACAGGAUGCCAUACACAGCGGUAUCAACCAGUAUGCGUUAGCAAUCGAGGAAUGUUACGGCCUAAACAAAAUCGAAUUUUUGCAAUCUCAUUCGAACAUAGAAAUUUAUCAAAAGGCCUUCGACAUAAUCGAACGAUACUUCGGUUCCGAGGAAGAGGACACGCGAAUCGUGCCCACUAUUGACUCGCAGGGACAACAGUUUCAAUUCGGAACGACCGACUCAUCUCAGCUUCCGGUUGAAGGCUUCGAGUUUUAAUGGAUUGAUUUUAACUGAGACUCCGAAUGUAUCUCCGGAUUCGAUCUUGUUUCGUUCGUUGCGUUUACAGUUAGUUCUCGUAACGGGACAAUCUCUGAAAUUACAGAAUCGAUCAGACGCAAAAAGUGGUAUAUUUAUACAUAUACAUUGAAUUCGUUUGUAUCCGAAAGCAAAAGAAAUAAUAUCAAUAACCUCUCGAAGUGAUCAGUUUUUUCUGCUCUUGGCAAUGAGAAAUGAGUAUAAAAAAAUGUUUGUACGCAGUUAUCUUAAAUGGUUUUCUCUUACUUUGUAUCUACACACCAUACACAACUGGCAUUGUUUUAAGUUCCGCCUAUGCCAAAUUUCGGACGAUGCUUUCAAUCGAGCUUUGAAAUGAUUUGGACAGGGUCCAAUUUAUCUUUUUCGGAAAAUGCAUAAAACAUGAAACAUAUGUAAUAUGGAACACGUUCAGUUUAUCUUUGAACAAGCAAAAAAUUAACAAACAUCUUUAGCGCUUAAGUAGAAACGGAUAAGUACGGAAACAAUGAUCAGGACGAUUUACUGCUAUAUAGAGGCACACCCGUGCCUCAUACGACGUAUGACUGACUCUGUAUUACGAAAAAGAACUUGCACAACCGGCAAGACGUUAACGACUGAAGUACGCGACUACGUAGCCAACACGGACAACAUUACGCAACGCGGUACUCACAUCCUUACUACACUAGGUAGGAACAUGACCAAUUAAACUUUUUUACUGUAAAUACGUAUCUUGUAAUUUUAAGGCUAUUCUAUACAGAGUGCCCUUAAGAAACGAAACAA